AUAUGUCAUAUCUCUCACAGCCAAAUACUUCAAAAGAAAUCGUUAGCUUGUAGGCAUAAUUAGGUUAUAAACCUUUGGUGGGCGAUAAGCCAAGCCAAUUAUACUGUCAACGGUUAAGUUGAAUUAGAGGGAAAUAUUCGUUAUAAAUAGUUAUAUUUCAAUAAUUUAUUAGUAAUGUGAUGAUAUUGUAUCGUCCGUGUGCUAUUUUUAUCAAUUUCCAUAAGUGGAUGUGCCAAGAAACCCAAGCUUGCGACGUGUCUAAUGGCGCUGACGGGAGAAUUUCGCGCGCGAUUGUGACGGAUUCGUGGCAAUUUUUACCGCAGCUGAUUCAUGCUGUGGAGAUAAAGUGCCAGUUGAAAUAACACAACUACAAUGGCACAAACUGGUUCCUCUUGUGAAUCCAGUGAAAAACGUUUGACCUUGAAAAGAAAAAGAGAUUCCACAGACGAUGAGGUAGAGAAUAUGCCACCGGUGAAGAUCUCAUCGGUACUUGAAGAUGAACUCCUUGACCAACCAGCACACAAUGUAGUGGUGGAAUCUUCAUCAUGCUCCAGUGAUGAUGAGAGCUCCCAGUAUGGUACUACAGACCAGCCAAGAAGUGUAUACACAGACAUAGAAUACAACCCUGAUAGUUUCUUAAGCCCACCUAGUAUUUCCGAUCUACCUAAUUGUGUGCUUAGUCCACUGGAAAAUGUGGCAAGAGGCGAGUCCACACCACACUCAAAUAAGAGGCCUAGUACCAGUAAAAUACCAUGCCCAACAUUGCCUAAACGCAAGUGUCCUCUACCUGGCUUGUCCUGGGCGGACCCUGAAGAUGUGUGGAACAAUAUGUGUGACUGUGAUGCCAGAUCUAGUAAUAAGAAGAACCCCAACAUGUUUGACAAUCAUCCUAAUCUACAACCCAGGAUGAGAGCUAUUCUGCUGGAUUGGUUGAAUGAGGUAUGUGAAGUAUACAAAUUGCACAGAGAAACAUUUCAUCUCACUGUGGAUUACGUCGACAGAUAUCUAUCUAACACAGAAGAUGUUCAAAAGGGCAGAUUGCAGCUUAUAGGUAUAACAUGUUUAUUUAUAGCAGCGAAAGUAGAAGAAGUCUAUCCACCCAAAAUCGGCGAGUUCGCAUACGUGACUGAUGGAGCGUGCACCACGGACGAGAUACUCUUGGAGGAACUUCUCAUUCUAAAGAUAUUAUCGUGGAGCAUCACUCCCAUCACCAUCAACAGCUGGCUGAAUGUGUACAUGCAGCUCGCCAGCGAGGGCCGCAGCGCCAAGCGACGGCUGCUCGGGGAGAGUGACGUCGGCGCUAACGCGCUCCGAGGAUACACCUUCGUGUUCCCGCAGUACUCGUCGCUGGAGUUUGUGAUUUGUGGACAAUUGAUAGACUUGGCAGUGUUACAUGUGGACGUGAACCAAUUCCCGUACAGUGCCGUCGCUGCAGCGGCCAUGGCACACGCGUUCUCCAAAGAAUUAGCUAUAAGAGUGUCUGGGUACAGCUGGGAGGAGCUGGAGCCGUGCUGGCGGUGGCUGGCGCCGAGCGUGCGCGUGGUGCGCGGCGAGGGCGCCGUGUGCGUGGUGCGCGGCGGCGACGGCGAGUUCGUGCAGCGCGCCGCCGGCCUCGACCUCAUCUGUCCCGACGUCAACCUCGACGAGAGCCACCGCAUCCAGUCGCACAACGUCACCCUCGACAUGUUUGAUAAAGUAUACCAGAUAAUGACGGAACAGCAGUCAUCGACCCAGGCCGAGGCGGCGUCCACGUCGCAGGACAGCGAGCACAUAUACCCGCCGACGCCGCCGCAGUCCGACCAGAAGAGUCCGAAGACUCCGACGACUAAGACGCCGUCGACGCGCCACUGCACUGGUCUGUCACCAGUGCCCGAGGUCCGGCGACUGUCCGCCGAGUGAUAAUACACUUUAUAUUAAGGUGUGUCUUGUUGUAUUCUUUGUUAUGUUCUGAUACUUGUUUUUUUAAGAGCAGUUGUUGUAAUACUCUUAUGAUUUGGUACAAUUUGACAUCCGAAGCAAGCAAAGAGCGAAGCAGCUCCAUUUUAUUAUUAUUGUACUGUUUGCCAUUGAGCACGGAAAUUUUUAACAUCCUUUUGGAUAAAUUUAUCAAUUUCUUAUAAUAAGAGAAAAUGUAUUCUGACUAUAAUAUGCAUACUUGACUCACAACAUAGUUGGAAGACUUAAAAGACUUAUACAUACAGAAGUACAUACUGUAAAGUCUAUUUUAUAUGAAGCAAAACUUAUGCUAGAGGAACCCACUACUAAUUUUAUUAGUAUAAAAAUGUAUGACUAUUUAAUUCAACUAUUCACUAAAGUACAUGCGACUAUUAAAAUAUAUAAUUUCUUCAAUAAGAAAUAGAUAAUAUACUAAUAAAAUCUGUCACACUUUAAUUGUCAUCAUCACACUUGGACCACCAACAUUUUAGGUUACGGACUUUAUUCAACAGAACAAAUGGACUUGUGUAGAAACGACUGAUAUGUCUGUAUUUAUAAAUCGCAAUGUAACAAGCCUAUCUACACUGGUAUCUCCCAAUAGUGCAUUUGGAUUGUAUUUUUAAUAAGAAAUGGCGAGUGUCUAAUGUGAGUGCGUGUUUGUUGCUGCUUACUAACAUCACUGGGCACUAAUGUCGCGGUGUGCGCAUGUCGCUAACACAUCAAUUGAGGAGAUACCAACCAUUCAUGAUGAUCCUUCUUUCUUGAACAAAAUCUCUUUGAAGUGUGCUGUUACUUUAGAUCUGUCUAUGACUUUCAAUGUACCAUUUGUUUUGAAUAUGAAAAACAAUCACCAUGCAGAUCUAAAACUACCACUAAUGAGUUAGAAUUAUUUAUAAGUAGCAAUUUAAGUUCAUAAAUAAAAAUGUUACAAGGAAACCCAUGCACUCCACAGAUGAUUUAUUGUAAAAUAUAAUAAUAAGUAAAAUUCUAUCUGUGUAUUGCAUGAAGUUUUGAAGUAACAAGAAAAAAAAUGUUGCUCACACAACAAAUAAAAAUGUAAAUAAUAUAAUUAUUGUUCCUACUUUUGAAAAAUUCUAAUAUAUCAAUGGUUUUGGACUUAGCUAGCUUAAGCCAAUACAUGCUGCUUAAACAUUCCAUGCAAUGUAUGUUGUCACUCACAACAUGUUUAAGUAGAGAUAAUCCACCGUAUUACUUUUAAAUGCAAUUAUAAUAAUUUUAAACAAGGUUGUGUCUUCUCGUCUUGUAACAUCUAUCUUAUCUACGACAGUUUCCAUGUCAGCUGGAAGCACUACUUAUAAUUUAGUAUGAUCAAAUAUUGCUAGGUAAACCACAAAGAAAUAUCGACGUGGUCGCAUAAUAUUAUAUUUUUAUGUAAAUAAAAAUAAGAAUGCAUUGCAAUG